GUUAUCGUUUGGACUCUACGAAGACGAUCAAAUAUGUUCAUGCAGAGUCUGGAUGGGAUUGCAUCUUACAAUGUAUGCUUCAAGAUGAAUCAUGCAGAUCUAUUAACUUCGGAAAAACUCGUGCAGGACAAGAAAAUUGUGAGUUACUCAAAACUGUUGAUUUAGAAGAACCGGCAGGGAGUUUGAAGAAAAAUGAAAGUUUUGAUUAUUACAAACUACUUCAACCCGAAAGGGUAAGUAUUAACAGUCAUAAUAUGCGAUUUAUAUACAGAUUAUAUAUAUCGAAAUUAAACAGCCUUUAAAAUAAAAUUAAUUCAAUUUAUAUUUAUUUUUGUUUGAGUUGUCCAACUAUGUAUUUGUUUGUAUUUUGUUUACAAGAUCAAUUUAGAAAUUUUGACUUCCCACGGGGCAUCGGGACUUGUGGAGGAAGCUGCGGCGGUGUUUUACAGAGAGGGUGGAUAUUAUAAGCAUUUGAGCAGCUAUAUAUAGUAAAGUAUUGCUUAGAAUUAUAUUUUUUUUCUAGAAACCUGAAGAUGUUGUUUCAUCAAGUACCUCUUCUCAGAUAGAAAAAAUAUCAACAGGUGUUAGUUAUAAGAACGUAAUUAAGAAGCGUACAUUAUACCUUGUUACUAACCGUUCAACGACGAAUAAACAACAUCCGACUCGAUACAAUCAAAAAUUAAAUUGUGACUUUGUUUAAAUGUUUUCUCAUUUGAACCUGAACAACGCAUGCGUCAGUUUUUAAGGAGCUUAUGCAUGUGGACUAAUAUGAUGUGUGUUAAUUUAAUUUCUAAACAAUACGACUACUGAACCAGACGGUUCAACAACUCAGGCGACAAGUAUUUUCACAUUAAUUCAAACACUCAUUAAUAAUUCAUAAGCUUAUUGGAAAAUCAUGUCAACUAUAAUAUGUCACGUGCAAUGGUUUUAAACCUGAUAAAACACUCCUAGUUAUAGUAUUCUUUAUAUAAAGAAUACUAAUAAGGCGCGCAGUAUCUAUUGUUGUCGUGUUCUCAUUAGUAUUCUUUAUAUAAAGAAUACUAAUAAGGCGGUAUAUCUAUUGAAUUUGUAUAGUCGUGUUUGAAGCCGUUUAAUAAACUCGGAGGUCGUGUUUUAUUAGGUCUAAAGCCAUUCGCGCUGCGCGCUCGUGGCUUUAAACCUAAUAAAACACUCCUGCUCGUUUAUUAAACAGUACGUAAAUUUUCAAAAUAUAUAAUUAUAGCCAAAAUCUUCACCGAAAAAGACAGAUGAUUCCACAACUCGACCAACAAGUAGUUUCACAAUUUUAAAAUUCCAUUAAAGGCACAGUUCAGCCUUUUGAAUGAUGGUUUUUAAGGUGUAUUUCAGUCCUUUUAAUUGAAGAGACUAACUAGGAAAAUUUUUUAUACAUAAUUUAAGAUCAGCGAACUCAAUUUUUUAGCAACAAAAAUGUUUUAAGAUGUUAGAACACUAAGUUUGCUGAUCUUGAAGUAUAUGUUUAAUGGAUUUUCCUAGUUAGUUUUUUCAAUUAAAAUGGCUAAAAUGCGCCGUAAAAACCAUCAUUUAAAAGGCUGAACUGUGCCUUUAAAGUUAUGUUCGCUUCCAAAUGCUUUCUUUCAUUUUAUUCCAGAAUAUUUACUUUUAAUAAACAAACAGUUCCACAACUCGACCAACUAAAAUUACGUUCGCUUCCAUGUCCUUCCGUAUUACAUUUUGUUUUUAAAUUAAAAUACGUUAUCUCUCAAUAUGUUUUUUUGUACUUAUAGCACAAUCUACCCCGAAAAAAACAAGUGGUCCGACAACUCAACCUACAAGUAAGUUAACGGAUUAUUCUUUUUGAGAUUAAAUUUUACGUUUAUGCUUUCAAAUCAUUUCUUUGUAAUUAUAGCACGGUCAACCUCGAAGACUGAGACAGAUGUUUACACAACUCCACCUGGAAGUAAGUUUAGAAUUUUAAAUUCCACUAAAGUUCAAUUUCAUAUUCUCUCAUGUUUUCGAGAACAUUAAAUUUUACAGGUUUAGAAAAUUUCUUUAUAGUUAUAGCAACAUUUACACCGAAAGGGACUGGUAGUUUGACAUAUCAACCAACAAGUAUAAGCUUACAAUGUUUCACUAUUUUAAACACGCAAGUUUAAAGAUAUAACUGCUUAUAAAAUAUGUACUUCUCAUAAAUAAUUUAUAAAAAUGGAAUUAUUUAAUAUGCGUACAUUUAAUAGAAGAGAAUGUAUCAAGAUAUUCGGGCCGGUAGCAGAGUGUAUAUAGCAUCUUUAGAGUAGGGAAUCUCGUUUUGUAUGACAUAGGCUACAUGUCUGUUUGAAUGAGUAAAGCCAGCACAAAUUUGGUUGCUUUGAGAUUGUAAUGGUGUGAAUACAACCAAUUUGUUCCGUCCUCAUGUCACUGUUUUUACACGGUUCCAUUCUUCUUUGGUGGCUGUGUUUAAUUUAGGACAUCACGCAUGUAAAAGUCAUAUAUGAUAGUCGAUUCCUCAAAGGGAAUUAAUCAUGAAAAUAGCAGAGGUCACGACUGGAAAACUUAUGAAACUGAGGUUUAUAAAUGUUAGUAGGCCCUUGUAAACAUUCUUAAAAAAUCCAGAUAGGCAUUUUGAUAAAAUACAUGUCUCCUGCCUAGGAUAAGUUUAAUUGUGUGAUUUCGACGUGGAAUUAGUCUUAGUAUAAUUUCUAAACGGUUGCAAUGUGGGGGAUAUUGGCUAUGUCGGUUUUACCAUGGCGUCUGCACUUGAAGUAAAUUCAAAAUUUCCCAGCUAGAAAGAGUGCAGAGAUUUGAUUUGCACAAGAAAGUUGGCAUUUUGUGCAAUUGUUUCAUGUGCAGUACAGCGCAAUCAUUUGUUAGGAACCAUGCUCGAUUUACUUGCCCCAUUUGUGUAAAAAUGAAUAGGGAAGGUUCCCAUUUGUGUAAAAAUGAAUAGGGAAUUCUAGACGCACCAAGUCGUGAGGUGUUUAAAUCAGUUUUGCUCUUAAGAAAAUACUUUUUCCUAUGCAAUUAGUGAAAAAUACAGCUUGCCAAAACUGAGCGCUGACGCAAAGAUCCAUCUUUGCGUCAGCGCUCAGUUUUGGCAAGCUGUAUUUUUCACUAAUUGCAUAGGAAAAAGUAUUUUCUUAAGAGCAAAACUGAUUUAAACACCUCACGACUUGGUGCGUCUAGAAUUUGACAGACUUGAUAAUCUCAUAUUUUCAUCGGCCUAUAAUAUUAUAAUUAUUUAAAUAUUGUGGCUUCAUAAUAGGCUCAUUGCAAUUGAAUUUCAAAAAAGAAAAAAGAGCCAUAGUUAGUAAGAAUCAUACAGUCGUACAGUACGUACCUUCUUGUAGUGGCACAUUGUUACAACAAAGCUUAAGAGACCAAAUUAAAGCCGCAGAUUUUUUUAUUAAGCAUACCAAGCAUGUGAUUGGCUUUAGUGACUUGCUCGCACGUAUCUGUGUUCUACUUGAGAUCAGAACAAAGUGUCACAUCCAGGCUUUUCAGAGUGUAAACACUAGAUCUUUCAACGCGAUGUUGUAUAUUCCAAAAUCUGAGAAAAAUAUAUGUAGCUAACUCGUUUCCAAUUUACCGGAGCCGCUUAUUUUUAAACAGUCCGGCGACAAUUCUAGUGCAAUCAACUCCCGUGACCCAUCCAGGAAAAGAUGGCAGUAACAGGGAUAUUUUUAUUUAUUGCCAGUAUCCGGGGAAGUGGGGCGGCUGACAUGUGUCGCCAGCGACAAUCUAGUGUAAUUUUAGCUCCUGUGCUAAAGUGACAAAAAACACAGAUUGGGUUGUGUUGCGUAUGUAUGCUAAUCAUAAAUUACUUUCUGGCCAGGAUCCUACUGCCCCUAUGUCCUAGUGACAACGAGUUACUGGCCAGGAUCCUACUGCCCCUAUAUCCUUCAACGAGUACGAGAAUUUUGGAAGGAGUGUCUCCCCCGAGCGACAUGAGCUCCGCUUCCGAAAUUCCCGCGUCUGCAUGUUAUCAUUCUGUUUAAUUAUUAAAGCCAUUUCACUCGAAUAUUGCGAAGGCGAAUUGGUCUUUAAAGUGUACAGAGUUUUAUUAAAUAUUUGUAACGUAAUUUUUCCUUUAACUCGAGUCUUUUUUGCAAUUUAGUACAAGCAUCUAAAGAAUUUCUUAUCUACAAUAAAGCUCACGACAAAUGCAUCUCAAUUGAAAAUGAAGGCAUCACCGCAAGACCAUGCAACCGGAUGACAGAUAAUCAAAAGUGGCGGUGGACACAAUAUGAGCAACUUCAAAAUAUUCUCAAUCAAACAUGUCUUACCGCAUCUAAAACAGCAGUAAACUGGGAUCAUCUGAAAUUGUCCAUGUGUGAUCGCCAUGACACAUAUCAAGUGUGGACUUGCGAAGACGACUUCGUCAGGUUGAAUGGCACAAUACUAAACUUGAAUUACGGAAAUGUCCAAGGAGGAGACAAUGUUGUGCUGUACAAAGGGAAUGGGAGCUGGAGUAUGUGGAAGGUCCAUGGAGAAGACGUGCGUGUGUGUGAAAAACGACCGGGAGGUAUAUUGAAGAUAAAUAGAGAAUAUGUGUCGCACGCUCUCAUCAUUGCAAUUAAGGCCUCGUUUACCCUGUACCCGAUUCGCUGGUCACGUCACCAGUUUUAACAGUGAAUGAAAUAGCCUAAUCGUUUAUAAUGGUAGUAACAAGCAGAAACGUACGGUCGACCUUAUCGAAAGAGUAAACCAUUGUUUGUUAAACGUUGCUCCUGGGCAGCAAACGAGGAUGUCGUGAGCAGCGAAUCCGGUACAGUAUACACGGGGUGUCCGUUCCUGGUCUGGAUCCUGCACGGAUCAAUGUAUUUGACUUCGUUAUAGUUUUGUCGCAGUCAUAUGUUGAACGAAUGUUUGACUCUGCCAAAAACUGCAGCAUUUCUCCGGAUAAUCCAGUUUUCACUUCUCUUACUAGCCUUGACCAAUCAAAAUUCACCCUCGCGCUAGAACUAGAUGAGAACAGAGUAGAUCUGAUAACCAUGGGAUGA